AACACCCAGCGCAAGAAUGCAGCACAGCACACACUACAGCAGCAAGAGAAGCAUGGCCAGGACAGGAGGAGAGGACCAUUGCCAAUGAAAAAGAUGUGUAAAAACAAAAGAGAAAAAGAAAAAAAACUCAGGAUAAGGACCUGCCCCUUUGGAUGCAAGCACACACAAACCAACACUGACAUCAUGUUCAUUCACUGUGAGGAGAGGAGAUGGCUUCUUUAAGAUCGCCACCCUCCCAACCUCCCCAUUGUGCUACUAUAUGCUUAUUAGUAUCAUCAGUUCAUCACCAACCUCUCUCUCGUCUUCUUCUCCCUCUUCUUCUUCUUCUUCUUCAUCUUCUACCUUUGAUAGUUUGAUUGAGGUGUUGUUCCUUUGAGUGCAGCAAGAAGCUGAUGAUUUUGAUGAUAGCUUAAGGAUCUUGCCAAACUCUUGUGUUGGGAGUAGUUGCUUGCAGAUCGAGCUGCAAAGGUCCCAUUUUGCUUCUCCAUCUGAGCUUGGUUAGGUUGCGUCUGAGUACACUUCUGAGGCUUCUUUGGUCGUUUUGGCCUCGAGCUCCGUUCUUAAACUCUGCCUCGAUCGAUCGAUCUCAUCUCAUCUGCGCUGUUCUUGUUGCUGUUGCUGUUCAAUUUUGAGAAGAAGGUGCCGAUCGAGUUGAGCCGAUCGGGUUCAGUGAAAUUCACUUGCGUUUUUGAGAGAAUUGUUUGAGUUGGUUUCGGUUCUUGAGAUGUUCCUGAGAUCGAAGGUCCAGGAGAUGAUCCUGAGGAGGAGGUCCAGAUCGAUGAACAGCGGCGGCGGCGGCGUGCAGCAGAGCCACCUCUCCGGCCAGCACGCGAGCUCGACGACGGUUUCGUGCGACGGCGGCGGCGGCGGCGCCGGCGGCAAGAGCGCCACCGCGGCGUGUGCGUUGUUGGGGUCUCCGAGGCUGCUGCACUGUGCCUCGCUGCCUUCCGGCAGCCACGCCAAGAACGGCGGCGGCGGCGGCGGCGGCGGCGGUUCGGAGCCCGAGACGCCGUACUCGAUGAGCCCGACGUCCGUGAUCGACGCGGCGGCGGCCUUCGCGCCCAGCCCGGACGCCGGCGGAAGCAAGCGCCGGCCGUGGUGCGACUGGGGCGCCGGCACGCACGGCCUCGCCGACGCGCUCGACUGCACCGGCGACGACGACGACGGCCACAGACAGAGCGUCCUCGCCGCCGCGUCGCGGGCGGUCAAGCUGCAGGCGCAACCGCAGCAGCAGCAUCCCCUGCUCAGGUCGUGCUCCCUCGAUCGCCGCGUCGAGUUCGGCGUCAAGAACAAGAGCUCGUGGCUGCCGCUUCGCGUCGCCGGCGGCGAGGCGGCGGCGGCGGCGGCGGAGUCACCGGCGGAGAUGCAGAUGGAGCCGUCAUCGGAGGACUACACCUGCGUCAUCUCCCGCGGGCCGAACCCGAGGACGGUGCACAUCUACGGCGACCGCGUCGUGGAGGGCGGCGGCGGCGCCACCACCGCCGUAGCGCUCGCCGGCGAGAGCUCGCCGCGGCCGAUCAAUUUGCCGGCGCCGGCGCGUGAAGCGAGAGGCUUCUUGAGCUUGUGAUGCAGUGAUAGAUGGUAGCUUGAUUAAUGAUGCUUAGGUAAAGUUUGGUGUGAGGACAAUUAAAUUAAAUCUGAGUCUUAAUGCUGUCAUUAUUAUUAUUAGUAUUUUUAUUGUAUUGGUUGUUUGUUCGAUCUUGAUGAUCAGAUGGUCAAGUAGUAGUAGAUGCUUUCUUGAUCGGAUCCUCAAAUUUUAAAUAGAUGCUUUCUUGGUCAGAUGAUCAAUCGAUUCAAACAGAUGGGUUUGUUCAGUAUA